AUGGUCAUGAAUCCUACCACUACACCAUCUUUAUCACCUCCUGAAUUGUUGUCGCGUCAGGAUUAUAUUUCUUCUCAAUCAUCAUCGUUCCCAGAUUUACCCUAUCUUAUUAAUGACUUUAGUAGAAUUAAUAUUUCCAUUACCAUCCCAUCAUGCCAAGAUACUGUAGAGACUAUAAAAGUACUUUCCAGAUCUCAAAAUAAUAAUUUUAGUGAUAAUAAUACUUACACCGAUUCAUUCUUUCUGAAUCAAUUCGCUAAACAAAUUCUCUCCUUUGAAAAUAACACCUUGUUAUCUGCUUCUGCUUCUGCGUCUGCUUCUGAAAGUUCACAAAUAAUAGUGGAUUUCUUAAGAGAUCAAAAUAUUACUAUAGAUAGGAUUAACAGCAAGAAAACUAUUAAGAUUACAACUCAAGAUAAUGAAAAUAUUCAAUUGAAAAUUAAUCUUAUAAAUCAUGGGUCAUUUACACAAGUAUAUGAAUUGACAUAUCAAAAUUUAAAUAAUGAUAAACAAUUGUCAUCAUGUAUAAUUAAAUUUCCAAAAAAUGAAAAAUAUUCAAAAUUUAUCUUAAACGAAUUAUUAUUUUAUCAUUAUUUGCAUAAUAAUCGACUCUUCCCUUACCAAAAUAUCAUCUAUUUGAAAAGUUCAUCAUCUUCUUCGACUUUUUUACCAAUUUUGAUUUUACCUAAAUAUACAUCAACUUUAUACCAAUUCAUUCAAUCAAUACAAAAAAAAAAUAUUCAGAACAAUACAUGCACAAAUACAACUAUACAACAAUCCACAAAUAUAACUGAAUACAAAAAAUUAUGGAUGAAACUAUUCAAAGAUCUUUUAUUAUAUUUAAAAUUAUUUAAUCUGAAAAAUGUUAUACAUUGUGAUAUAAAGACUUCAAAUAUUGUAUUAAAUGAACGAGAUAUACAUGACAAUAAUAAUUUUCAUUAUAAUGAUGAUACAAUGAUAUUCCAUAUAAUCGAUCUCGCUUCUUCCAAAAUACUUAUACCAUCAAAUUCAAACCCAAAUUCGAACUCGAAUGGCAGUGAAGUCAAUAAUAUCAACAUUGAAUCAACUUUGGAAUAUUGUCCACCAGAAAUUAUUGAAAAUAAAUUUAAUUAUAAAUUUUUCUCCUCACAAACUGAUUUAUAUUCCAUGGGUCUUUGCCUUUUAUCAUUCAUUACAAAAUUUGAACCUUAUCAAAACCUAUCAUUUAAUGAUAACAAUAAUGAUUGCAAUACUGAUAGAAUCACACCUCAAUCCAACAGUAAUAUGACAUUCAUUAUUAACACCAUCUUGAAAAAUAAUCCUAUCAUUUUAAAUACAAUGAACUUAAACCAAACAUAUCUAUCAAAUUGGUCUCAGGAAAUAAGUAUCAUUGACGAUAUCUUAAUUAAAAGGGUCACCUUAGAUUAUUUAUUAAAUAAAUAUACCUGA